AAGGAGGCAAAUUGGAAAAUCAAAAUUCGAAGCCGUUUCUUCUCUGCAAGCGUUUCCAUGGCGAGAAUCAAGCACGUUCCUGCUGCUCGUAGAACCGCUCGAAAGAAAGCACCAACCGCAGCAGCACCAUCCACAUCUGCAACACCACAACAAACCCAAUCACCUGGUCGUCGAGAGAGGAGUAGAGAACAACAACGGGAACCGCAGUCACCUGGGACUCAGGGGAAGAAGAAGAGGCGCAAUAGGCCGGGAACGGUGGCGCUUCGUGAGAUCAGGCGUUAUCAGAAGAGUGUAGACUUGCUUAUCCCUGCUGCCCCCUUUCUGAGAUUGGUUAGAGAGACUACACGUCAGUUAUCUUUUGAGGUUUCUCGCUGGACAGCUGAAGCUGUGGUGGCUCUGCAGGAGGCAGCGGAGGACUAUCUUGUUACUAUGUUUGAAGAUGGAAUGCUCUGCGCAAUUCAUGCAAAGCGCGUUACCCUUAUGAAAAAGGAUAUUGAGUUGGCCCGUCGGCUUCGAGGAAUAGGAAGGCCUUGGUGAGGACAAGAUGCCAGUAUUGAACGCCAUUGCUGCUCUCGUGUUACGUAAAAACUUGACUCAGUACAGACUAGAGGGUUUCAAAGAAGCCAUUGCUGCUUGUAAACCCAGAACUCGUAUAUUGCUGUGAUUAUUUAGUCAUUUAAAGUAGGAACUAGGCUAACUCGUGUAUUGCCAAUGACCAAUUAAUAUCUUCAUAGGUGAUUUGUUGUAACCAAUCAUUGUUGAAAAGUUGUUUGCUACUGAGGCUGACUUCAAAUUUGGCGAGCUAUGUACUAGUUUACGGUUUACCAUUAUCUUAGUGAAAUAUUUCAAGAUUAUUGUCA